AUGUACCAUUUUUUCAAGUGCAUUGCGGAGGAAGAAGAUACCCAAGAAGAAACAAAAAUAAAACAAUUUGCCAGAGAGGAGAGAUUUAAAAAGCAAGCUAGUUCGCCAUACAUACACAUGAUAAAGAUAUACAUUCCUUUUAGUAUUGUUAUUAUUUCGGGAUUAAUCGUUGUGACCGUGUUGCUCUACCGUGAUAUGAACCAAGGAAAAGAUCAGCAGCAUACCUUACAUGUACAGCAAAAGACGAAAUGUCAGCUGGGAAGUUCGCAGGAAAUACUUAGAGCAUGGACAGGUAGCAGAGGGCGCUCUUUCCUGGUUAGCUUUAUUCAAAGUAGUAAUCACGCAAAGAAAAGUAACAGAACAAUACUUGUCUUAGCAGAGAAUGAUUUCAAUAUUACCGCUACAGUCUCAGAAAAUCAGAAUUCCAAUUUGAUAACUGUAUCUAGCGAAAGAUCUGGAAAUACCACAAUAAAAAAGAUUGAAGUUCAUAAUUCGUUGGUUCCCUCCUAUUUGGCCAUUGAAAGUAAGGCAAUUGCAAUCACAGUCUCAUCCAUGGCGUCGGUCUUGUCCAUGAACGAUAUCGAUUUUAACUCCGAUAGUACGACAGUUUUUCCCGUUGACAAACUUUCAACACACUACGUCGUAUCAACCGCUUCACCGAAAAUGAAAUAUCGUAGUUUUGGGAGUCAUUUUACAGUUGCGGCAAACACAGAUAAUACAAAAGUCAGUAUCCGAUUAGUUAUCGAUACAGAUGCCAAUAUUACAUUUGAGGGUAAGAUGUAUGGUAAUGAUGACGAAAUAAGAAUUGUAUUGAAUAUGUAUCAGACAUUUCAAGUGGGACUUGAUGCAGAUUUGUCGGGGACAACUAUCAUUGCAUCUCAUCCUGUUGCAAUCUUCGCAGGAAACGCAUGCAAUAGAAUGGGAGAGUAUGGAUCAUGUAGCAUGCUCAUGGAAAUGGUUCCACCAACUGAAAAAUUGGAUAAGAUAUUUAUCGUUCCACCGCUAGUACAUAGAUACAAAUCCCAACUGCGCAUAGUUUCACCCUUUGAAACAGAAAUUCAAUAUUCUAUUGACGGAAACAAGACAUCAGCAAUUCUUUCAAGAAAUAAGAAAUUUGAUUUUUUUAUCCGAGAAAAUGAAAUAGCUACUAUAGAGGGGCUUGGGCCUUUGCUAGUUAAUAGUUUUGCCCAUGCGUCGGUCGAGCAUGAUGUAUACGGUGAUCCGUUUAUGAUAACAAUUCCCGGAAUAAAUCAAUAUCUCAAUGAGUACAACCUCAUUGUACCAGGAAAUUUCAAUUUUAGUUUUGCCACUUUUAUCUUAAAAAACAGUUUUCCGGAGUACCUCGAAAUAAAUGAAACGAACCCAUACGAGAGCCAAACCUGUAAUUUUUCCACGAUUUCAGUGGGUGAAUUUUUCUACAGCGUAUGGACGUUAAGUGUUCCAAGUGGUGUGAUGAAAGUUAGAACAACAUAUGGGUCACCCUUUGGAGUAAUAAUUUACGGGCUACGUGACAACGAUGGACAUGGAUACGCGGGAAAUGCCAUUCUUGCAACUUGUAAAAAGGGAUGGAUUCGCAUAGAAAAUUCUUGCAACUUUAUUUCUCCCAAAAGAGUUACAUUUGAAGAUGCUUUGAAAGCAUGCAAAGAUGAGACCGCAAGUCUAACUGAACACCAAAACACAAAAAUAGAGAAAGUGGUUGGUUUACAGUUAAGAGAAGAAGAAGAUGUUGGUGUCUGGAUUGCCGUAAAACAUAUCGAGCUGGAAGAUGUAUACGUCUAUGUUAGCAAUGGAUCCAGAGUUACUAACGAGAACUGGGCAAAGGGACAGCCACUUGGAGGAAAACAUUACAACUGUGCAGCAGCGAAGAAAGACGAGAAUUGGAAGUGGGUUGCUUAUCCUUGUAGACAUACCUUUUAUUAUGUCUGCAAGAAACACAUUUAAGCCAGACAUAAAGCUGAUACCACUA